AUGUUUAUAUAUUGUCCCUCAGAAAAACCAAAGGCAGGGCGGCAGGUCAAGGAACAACCACCUGUCAUUUGUAUUGAUGAAAGAAAUGGGAUUUUUGUCACCCCAAAAGAUUCCCAUGGACCUAGAGUCCCUGUUCACGUCAAGAAACAAGUCGUCUCGGGGUCUAUUGCUUGUGAGUCACCUCUUUGUCGAGAUUUUAUGAGGAUUGGAGUAGAAAGUGGUAAUCCAGGCAUUGAAUGCGAUCACCUUCAGAGGACCAAUAGAGCUGUGUGCUAUUCUGCACCAGCAGCACUCAGGGAGGACUCUUUGCAGUCAAUGGUUGACCGUGGCCUGCUGUCCAAAACCCGACAAGAUGAAUGUGUGCAGCUAAGAAAAAAAAGUAUUGCUGGUGGUGUGGAUUGUGUUUUUCCCAUUUUUUGGCACGAGCAUACCUCUGUCAGGUUAGUUUAUUUUUCUGUGUUUACCGGGGUAAAAGACAACUGGUGUCAGUUCGAAAGGACCAGAGUCUCUUUUGAUAGCCAUUUGGGCAAGUGGCACUGCCAGUGCCGCAAUAGAAUGAGAAGCUGCGUCCACAGAUACCUGAGCAUGUGGUGGCUGUUUCAAGAGAAACCCCACCUCCUUUCCUGUCAAACUAACCCAAAUGCUGAAGACAGUGAUUUGGAUGAAAGGGUAAUAGAUGUUGCAGAGACUGAAGUGGCAACACUGGCUUCUACUGACAUACAGGAGUUGACGGGAUUUGUCAACAAAAGAACGCCAAAUUCCAGACUUCUUUGA